CGAAGGGGAAGAAGGGGGAUGAGAACAGAGCGGGCUCUCUAAACCACUCACGCCCAAAGGGCCGGUGGGAUUGGAGGAUCCGGCGCGGAUCCAACACGCCCGCGCGGACUUCCAAAGGUUUAUGUUUAUGUCGUUGUUGUGUUCCUCUAGAGGCCCGAGCAUGUGGGAAUGGCUUACGAAUGCGGUGAUGCAUCCAGGUGUGCCGUGGGACUUGGCAGCGUCCCGUAUAGUGGCAAGCGCCUACGAGCACACGUUGCUCGUGCAACGACGCUGCCGUAGAGAGGAUAAGCAGACCAUUGCCCGCAUCGCGCGGUGCAUGCGGGAUGUCAUCGUGAUAGCGGCCAUUUCAGACGCAGGCGGACACCGUGACCAACGGAAUUUCAAGCACGCGCUCUCAGAAGCCUUCGGCCGCCCGUUGGACAACGACCUGAAUGCGCAGAUGGAGCACAGCUACCACCAGCUCACGCACGGCGUUCCUGGCGCAUUCGUGUCUGGAUGCAAGCGGGGACGACUGCGGCGCGCUCGUGUCCGGCAGCUCGCUGACGAAUCCUCGAGCGAGGACGAGGCCGAGGAGCACGACAACACGCGGGAGGCGUCCAGCAAUCGGGAGUCGGCAGAGAGCGCACAGUACGUGGGAGGCGCGGCGGACGCGGCGCAGCCCUCGCGCGACCCGCCCGACUCGGAGCUCUUCCGCACAUUCCAGGCGGAGGCCGGCCGCAUGUGGAGGGCGGUGGAGCGCGAGGAGGCCGAGCGCCGGCGCUUGGAGGCGGAGCUCCGCGCGGUGCAGAGGAAGCUCGAGCAGGAGCAAGCCGAGG